AUGCCCGCCGCGCCGUCAACCUCCGCGACCUCGUUGCUGCUGGGCGGCGCCAGGCUCCCGCGGUUCCAGCUCCAGUCCCUCCGCCCCCCCGCCAAGCCCCCCUUCCGCCGCCCGGCCUCGUCCCCGUCCACACCGCUCCCCCGAUGCCGCGCCAGCGCGAGCCCCCGCCCUCUGUCCCCCGUCUCCUCCUCCGCCCUCGCGCUGCCCGUGUCGGUGACGGCCGCUCCCCCACCGCAGGUGGAGGAUGAUGGCUGGGUGGGAGGGGCGGCCGCAACCGUGAGGAGAGUAGCUGUGGCGGUGGCGUGCGGGGUUCUCGCAGCAGCAUGGUGUCGCCGGGCGAUGGCUGUGGGGGCGGCUGCGGCGGCGGGAGCGGGGACCGGGGCGCCGGGGGCAGUGGAGGCUGCUGCGGGGAUUGGAGGGAUGGCGCUGCGCGGGAGCUGGCCUAGAGUGCUGCAGAUUCUGCAGCUGAUCAGGGAGCAGGGACUGGUUCUGGCCGCGCUGCUCGGACUCUCUGCGUUCUUCUCCAUGGCAGAAACUUCUAUCACGACGCUUUGGCCUUGGAAGGUUCGUGAAUUAGCUGAGAAGGAACCUGAGAAUGGUGUUUUCAAAAUGCUCCGAAAUGACGUCACUCGUUUCCUGACAACUAUUCUCAUUGGCACAACUGUAGUCAACAUUGGCGCAACAGCAAUUGUUACUGAGGCGGCAACAGCAAUGUUUGGUGAAGCAGGUGUUAGUGCAGCAACAGGUGUCAUGACAGUCGCCAUCUUACUUCUUACAGAAAUCACUCCCAAAAGUGUUGCAGUCCAUAAUGCCACCGAGGUCGCUAGGUUUGUGGUAAGACCGGUCGCAUGGCUUUCGCUGAUCCUCUAUCCAGUUGGGCGGAUUGUUACUUUUCUGUCUAUGGGAAUGCUAAAGAUUCUAGGCCUGAAAGGGAGAAGUGAACCAUAUGUUACUGAAGAUGAACUGAAGUUAAUAUUACGAGGAGCAGAGUUGAGUGGUGCAAUUGCAGAAGAUGAACAGGAUAUGAUCGAGAAUGUCCUGGAAAUUAAAGAUACACAGGUGAGGGAAGUAAUGACGCCUUUGGUGGACGUAGUUGCAAUUGAUGCUAUUGCAACACUUAUUGAUUUCAAAAAGUUGUGGGAAACUCAUCAGUACUCUAGAGUUCCUGUAUUUGAGGAGCGCAUAGAUAAUAUUGUUGGAAUUGCAUAUGCAAUGGACAUGCUUGAAUAUGUUGAAGAGGUUGAGAAGUUGAAUGAAAUCACUGUUAAGAAAAUCGCACAUAUGCCUACAUACUUUGUUCCAGAUUCAAUGUCUGUUUGGAACCUAUUAAGAGAGUUCCGGAUCAGGCAGGUUCAUAUGGCAGUGGUCCUCAAUGAAUAUGGUGGAACUAUUGGUAUUGUAACACUAGAAGAUGUAGUGGAAGAAAUAGUUGGUGAAAUCUUUGACGAGAAUGAUUCCAAGGAGGAAAUCCAGAAGAAAACAGGCUAUAUAGGGCAUCAGUAUGAGACGGUGUCUGGUUUUGUCUGUGCAUCUUUUGGCUAUAUUCCAGAAGAAGGUGGGAAAAUGCUUGUGAUUCUUGAAAAGGAUUACAGAGAAGAAAACGGUGAAUAUCAGGAGGAAGGUUCUGAUCGCCAAGAUGAUAGAGAAAAACUCAAGCUUACGAACUUGAGAACUCGUAUUGUGGGUUAUAAGUUGUUUUUACUACCUUUACCUGGCCUCUCUUGCUCACAGAUAGUGGAAGCUAAUGCAAGGAAGGUGGGCAAAGUCCUAUUUAAGCCAAUAAGCAGUGAAUGUGUUGGUGUUGACAACAAGGGUGUGAACCGCCUGAUCUCCAAGAAGAUCGUCAAACGGAAGAAGGGCUCUGAUGAUUCCUCUGGUGAUGAGUAUCCAGAUAUAACAGAGAAUGGCUGCCCUGCAGAGGUACUCUCGUACUCGGAUGAUAACAGUGCUUUGUUGGAAGAUGCAAGCAGUUCUAGUGCCAAGAGGUGA